GCUCUGAAGACCUCUGUGUUGCACGACCUUGUCAUUAACAGAGAGCAGCAGCAGUGGGAGGUGGUGGAGCUCCUCUCAUCCGUGUGCAUGCUGCGUUGGUGCCAGUGAUGAUGAGAGGCUCCCAACAACAACACUCAAGCUCAUUCAGCUCCUCUUCAGUCCCUGCACUCCUUUGGAUUAUCACUUCUUGUUGAGAGGAUACCUGAAGAGGAUUAAAGGAAGAACUGCGAGAAGGAUUAACUGAUUUUCUCCUUUUAAAGUUGGUUUAACUCACCAUCUCAUUCUGUAUGAGGGCUUUUUUUAUUGGAAUAAUGCAUUCGUGCUGCAGAGGCUCCUGGUUUCCAGUGGUAUUUGGUGCUGUGCUGGUUGUUCUUGCUGCCGGUAAUGCUGGACCAAAUCAAGACAGAAGGCAGGCUGGGUCAUCCUCAUGUUUCGGAGGUUUUGAUCUCUACUUUGUUUUGGACAAAUCUGGGAGUGUGCAGAAUCACUGGACUGAAAUCUACCGCUUUGUUGAACAUCUUGCUCAUAAAUUCAUAAGUCCACAGUUGCGGAUGUCCUUCAUUGUGUUUUCCACUGAGGGAAGGAUUUUAAUGAGCCUGACAGAAGACAGGGAACGUAUUCGUAAAGGUCUGGAGGAGCUACACGGGGUUCAACCUGGAGGAGACACCUUCAUGCAUGAGGGCAUCCUGAGGGCAAGUGAGCAGAUUUAUUACGGAAACACUGAAGAUUAUCGCACCGCUAGCGUGAUCAUAGCGCUCACAGAUGGAGAGUUACACGAAGACCUCUUCUACUAUGCUGAGAGAGAGGCCAAUCGCUCCCGAAGUCUGGGUGCCUCUGUUUACUGCGUGGGGGUGAAGGACUUCAACGAGACACAGCUAGCAAAGAUUGCUGACAGCAAAGAUCACGUCUUCCCUGUCAACGAUGGAUUUGAAGCCUUGCAAGGCAUCAUUGACUCAAUUCUGAAGAAGUCAUGCAUUGAGAUCCUGGCAGCCGAGCCUUCUACUAUCUGUGCAGGAGAGUCCUUCCAAGUAGUGGUGAGAGGAAAUGGAUUCCUUCAUGCGCGUAACGUGGAUAAGGUCCUGUGCAGCUUCCGCAUCAACGACACCCACACAAAGAUGGUGAAGCCUUUGAUUGUGGAAGAUACUUACCUCCUCUGCCCUGCACCAGUGCUGCAAGAUGAAGGGAUGGCUGCAAACCUUUAUGUCAGUAUGAACGAAGGGCUGAGUUUCAUCUCUAGUUCGGUCACCAUCACGACUGUAAGCUGUUCUGAUGGGACCAUCCUGGCCAUUGCUCUGCUCAUCCUCAUGCUGCUCCUGGUCUUGGCUCUGCUCUGGUGGUUCUGGCCUCUCUGCUGCACUGUGAUCAUCCACGAGCCGCCGCCACCGCCUGUGGAGGAGAGUUCGGAUGAUGAAGAUUUUGAAGCUCCCAAGAAGAAAUGGCCGACUGUAGACGCCUCAUACUACGGAGGAAGAGGAGUUGGGGGAAUAAAAAGGAUGGAGGUCCGCUGGGGUGAAAAAGGCUCCACAGAAGAAGGAGCAAAGCUGGAGAAAGCCAAAAAUGCCAAAGUGAAGAUGCCUGACCAGGAGUAUGUGCCACCCCCAAUGCGGGUUCUUAACAACGGCAUGCACAAACCCCAGGGGCCUCACAAGUGGUACUCACCCAUCAAGAGCAAACUGGAUGCAUUGUGGGUACUUUUAAGAAAAGGCUAUGACCGUGUGUCUGUAAUGAGACCUCAUCCUGGUGACAAGGGCAGAUGCAUGAACUUCACCCGCACAAAGUCUACCGCUCCUCACUACCCACCCUACAACCACCACCCAUCUCCCAUCUACAAGCCUCCUCCUGCUCCACAGGGCAGCCUGCCACCGACCCCUAACAGCCCCUCAUCGUCUCCAUCAUACUCCUUCUCCACCUUGCCACUGCUGCCUCCAACACCUCCACCCAGCUCCUCCACCCCCUCCCCUCCCAUCACGCCUCCCCCAUACACGCCACCUCCUAACCGGGCUCUCCCUCCGACCAACCUGCACAUACCUGCCCCGCAAGCGUUUCCCCCAACUCCUCCACCUUCCAGCUCUCCUAUCACUCCCCUGCCUCCUCCACCACAGGGACCUCCUCCAAGCCGUGCCCCUCCACCUGCUCGUCCACCGCCUCGCCCGGGCCUGUAGAACUCAGAGUGGACUUUAAAGGAUUGUAAAAGAGAACUCAGAGGCCCAGAAACAAUCAAACAUGACCUUCAUUGAUUGUAACUGCAAGCGAGCUCAUGAGUGUCAUAUCCAGGUGGCUUUCCUGCCCUGUGAAGUGGUACAGAGAGGACUUGUUUUCAGCUAUUUGUCUACAGCGACUUUUGUAAACAUUUAGCCCAACAGUGCAAUUGCUCUAAUGCUUGAAUUACACAGACAUUCCCUACAAAUGAGGCCAUGAGGGCUGGCUGAAAAACAUUCGCCUCCAUGGUCCUCAUGGCUGCUUCAGGCCUUGUCAUGCCCUUCAGGACUACCUACGAUUGGAACAAUCCAGACCAUGCAGAAGAACAACGGCUUGUUUUCUACAUGGGCCCUCAAAAAGGAGCACAUAUAUGUUCAAACAGAUCAUAUGAACCUGUUUUUUUGAUACACUUGUAUCUCUCCUUUUGUUCCUUUUGUACUUUUGAUUGUUGAGCGAUUGCAUGCAAAAGUGUUUGAAUCAGAUUUCUGUUUUUAUAACACUUCUACCUUGUUUUUUACAACAAUGACACAUUUUCUUUUUAUACUUUUUAUUGUUUAGAACCACAAUUGCAGAGUUUUAAUUUUUCAAGGUUUUAAAAACAAUCUAUGCUGAGGAACACAUGUAAGGAAUUUGAAACAACAAGGGGUGGGAAUUCUAUAGUAGCUCGUUGGAUAUGCCAUAAAUUGCCCAGUAAUAUCCUGAUCCAGCUUUUCCAACUGAUAUAUUGCAAAAACAGUCAUAUAAUGAUCAAUGAUUAUGGGAAAAGAGAAAAUACCGCUUAGAUUGCAAAGUGCAGUAUUAAUGUGUUUAUUCACUGCGUCAGUAUUACCUCUUAUCACGCUUCAUUUGUUUACUUCAAUUCAUAGCAGGGAAACCUGUUCUGAGCGCUGUAUGUUUAAAAAGUAAUGCCAAGGUCAGACUACAAUAUCUCAUCUCUACAAUAUCUUUUUGCCACAAGGAGGGUAAGCCACAGAAGGUCACUGACAUGACUUGGACAACAAACACUGCAGACAACAUGGUGGUACUCGACAAAUUGAUAAUCAUCUCCCUUCCCUCUUGAUGAUGUUGAAAGGAGGGGCUGAGCUGGACCACUCCAAGAAUAAGGACUGCAAUAAUGAAUGUACAUACAUUUGUGACUCUAGUGAAUGCAGAAGGCUCUUUGCUCUUAUUGGCCAACAUCACUUACUUGAUCAAACACAUUGCAAAAAGCACAAAAUGACACACUAUACAGGACAAAAGGAUGGAACCUGAAACCCUACGUCUUCUGGACCAGGCUACCUUCUUGUUUAAAGGUCUGAUCUUGGUAUUAAAAUGGCAAUAUUUCUCACCAGCAAUUCAAUAACUAUUAAAAAAAUCAGGAGGUAGAUGUUUUGCUUUAUCAAUUUUUUUGUCCCACCCCUAGAGAUAAAAAUCUGCUACACUAUAGCUGGCCUAUUUUUGUGCACUUCAGAGUUAACAAUAAACUUUGGACUGAGA